UAUUUGAGAGAUUGGCACAGUCGGCUUUUACAAAGAAAUUCUGGCUUGUGAGGUUAGCUCCAGUUUACACAGAGAAAAUUAAAAUUUCAGAUGGACUCAUCAGCCUUUAGCUCUCUCUCUCUCACCUUUUCCAAAGGACAAUUUUUGGAGCUUUCUUAGAAUAUUCAUCAAUGUCUGAAGAAAUUGUUUAUGCAAAUCUCAAAUUCCAGGACUCUGAUAAGAAAGAAAAUCUGCAGACAUCUGACAAAUGCGGUGGAAAAGUACCUUCUGCCCCUUCCUAUUCACAGAAUAAAGCAGUCUUGAUUCUAACUGUUAUAUGCCUUCUGCUGCUCAUUGGACUGGGGGUCUUAGGAGGUUUGUUUCAUACAACUUUGGAGACAGAAAUGAUAAAAUCAAAUCAACUACAAAACAUCAGGGAAGAACUUCAGAGAAAUGUUUCCCUACAGCUGAUGCACAAUAUGAACAACUCCAAGAGAAUCAGGAAACUGUCCGCCAUGCUGCAAAAGACAGCCACCCAGCUGUGUCGUGAACUGUGUAUAAACAAACCAGAACACAAAUGCAAGCCUUGUCCAAAGGGUUCACAAUGGUUUGAGGACAGUUGUUAUUCCAAACUUGGAAAGUCUGAAACAUGGCAAGUGAGUGAAAUGCUCUGUUCUUCUCGAAAUGGCAGCCUGCUGAAGAUUAAGAACAGGAAUGUGCUGGAAUUUAUAAAGUCUAAGAACUUAAAAGGUUAUUGGUUGGGGUUGUCGCCCAGAACAGACAAUCCACAUUACAAGGAACUGAAUGAGAACAUGUUCCUCUCUGCAGGAUUUGAAAGAAGCAAUUAUGACUUACGUAAUAUGUACUGUGGAUAUAUAGAUGGACGUUAUGUUUAUUAUUCAGCCUGCACUUAUAAGAACUAUGUCAUGUGUGUGGAGACAGCCAGGACUGUACAGGUGGAAAGUGUACUGAAUGACCUUCCAGAGGGAAGAAAAUAGCUACUGCAGUUGCUGACUCCAGCUUCUUUCCUGCUCUGAUGGUUUGAAUGAGGAUGGUCCCCAUGGGUUCAUAUUUUGAAUACUUGAGCCCCAGUUGGUGCAACUAUUUGAGAAGGAAGAGAAGGUGUGGCGUUGGUGGAGGUGGUACUUCACUGAUGGCACAUUUUGAUUAUUCCAAAGUCCACCCCACUUCCAGUUAAUUUUUUCUCUGUUUUGUGUGAAUUGAGAUGUGAUCUUUCAACUACUGCUCAAAGCAUGUCUACCUGCCUACUGUCAUGCUCAUCAUCAUAAUGGUUAAAGACUAUAACCCUCCAGAACUAUGAGCCCUAAAUUACACCCUUUCUUUUAUAAGUUGCUUGGUCAUGGUGUUUUGUCACAGCAGUUGAGGAGUAGCUGAGACACAGAGGAAGGUUAGGCAGUGUACAUCUGCUGCUGUUGUCUGAGGUUUCUGUCCUGCCCUGUUCCCACAAUCAUUAAGUCCCAAAGAAAUCACACAGAGGUCUACAUUAGUUAUAAACUGGCUCAUUAGCUCAGCUUCCUAUUAACUCUUAUAACUUAUAUUAGCCCAUUAUUUUUGUCUAUGCUAGCCACGUGGCUCGGUACCUUAUUCAGCGAGGCAGUCACUAACUUGUUCUGUGGCUGAGCCAGGACUGCAAAAAGAGCUUCCCUCAUUACAGAAUUCUCCUGUUCUCAUUGACCUGCCCCUUCUUCCUUUCUGAUUGUCCCGCCUAUACUUUCUGCCUGGCUACUGGCCAAUCAGCAUUUAUUUAAAUAUAAUUAAAUAUAAUUGACAGGAAACAGAACAUUGUCCCAUAGCAUCUUGCUUCUCCUAAUGUUUAUGUCCAGAUUUCUUUGCCUCCUUUGCUGA